CCCCCGAUCCUCAGCGCUCUGAUGUCACGCACGGCAGGCUGUGGCCGGAGAAUGCGCAUGCGCGGGGCACGUCACCGGCCGGACGUUGAACGGGAAACCUCGAGAGAGAGGGAGAAGUGGCCCCGGGGUGACACACGGAGGGGGGUACAGAGACUGGCUGUUGUUAUUUUGGCAAAAGGAAUAAGACAAUAUCAAUAGGAUUUAAAAAAUGGGGACUCCUGGAUCUGGAAGGAAGCGUACACAAAUUAAAGACAGAUUCUCUGCUGAAGAUGAAGCCCUGAGUCAUAUAGCAAGAGAGGCAGAGGCAAGGCUGGCUGCCAAGCGAGCGGCCAGAGCAGAAGCAAGAGAUAUUCGAAUGCGAGAGCUGGAACGACAACAAAAAGAGCUCACUCACCGCUAUCAUGAUAGAAAAUGGGGACAGAUCCAGAAGUGGAUGGAGGAUUCCGACCGGGCCAGGUAUUCUCACCGGUCCAGUCAGCGUCCCUUUCUGAGCUCAUCUGUGGAUGCGGUUGGAUUACACAAAGGCAGAGACAGUACUUCCAGGCGGAGAGACCAUGUGUCUGAUUUACUGAAAGAUAAAGCUUUGAAGUCAAGUAGAUAUGGAUCAUCUUAUGACUUGUCGAAAGAUUCAUCCACAAGAAGCAUACUCUCUAACCAUACAUACAACUCUUAUGGAACCAAGACUAAAUCCAGUGACUCUAAUAAAGAUUUAUUGAGUGGACUUUAUAAAGAUCAGAGAAGCUAUAGUAGUCUUAAAUAUAGCAAACCCACCUCCAGCUACCACGCACGGUCCUCUUCUCUUUACAGCGACCCAUUGGCCACCUCCAGGAGUUACAGGACUUCUCCAAAAUUAAGCACUACUUUGGCUCGGAGUACCAGUUCGACAUCACUCUAUGAAGAUGGCUUUACUAACUCAUACUGUUCCCGAACUCCCUCUGAGUACAGCCCCUAUUCUUCCAGAGGCGGCUCAUCAAGAAGCAGCCCAGUGUGUACAGAUGAUGAGGGCUCCGUGUCCUCUUGUAGUGUUGGACGAGGACGAAGGGAUAGUGUGUCAUCAGAUUUUUCUGACCAGAGUGAAUCAGCUGCUGAUUAUUUUAGCCGCUCCAACCGUAGGGGGAGUAUAGUGUCUGACGAUGUCAGUAUACCUGAUCUUAAUAAUCUGGAUGAGAAGAUUGACAAGCAGUACACUGAGAACUUUUCCAGGCCAUCAUCUCGAAAUGCAACCUCUGGGCUUCCAGGAACCUUUACGCCUCUGAGUGGGUCAUCUUCUCGCAGAGGUAGUGGAGAUGCAAGUAGUUUAUUGGAUCCAGAUGCUUCACUGAGUGAAUUAAGGGAUAUCUAUGAUCUUAAGGACCAGAUUCAAGAUGUAGAAGGGAGAUACAUGCAGGGACUAAAAGAACUAAAGGACUCUUUAGCAGAAGUGGAGGACAAGUAUAAGAAAGCCAUGGUAUCCAACGCUCAGCUUGAUAAUGAAAAAAGCAAUCUUGUAUAUCAAGUGGACACAUUAAAAGACGUCAUUGAGGAAAUGGAGGAACAGAUGGCAGAGUAUCAUAGAGAAAAUGAAGAUAAGACAAAGGAAUUAGAGAGACAGAAACACUCUUGCAGCAUCCUCCAGCACAAGUUAGAUGAACUUAAAGAAGGUAUUCGCCAAAGAGAUGAAUUUAUAGAGGAAAACCAGCGUAUGCAGCAGAAAUUAGACUCUCUGACCAGAGAGGUGUAUGAUCUCCAAGAGACAGUUAAUUGGAAAGAUAAAAAAAUUGGGGCACUAGAGAGACAGAAAGAGUACUUUGACUGCAUUAAAAAUGAACGGGAUGAGCUCAGAGAUGAGCUGGCUGAUGUGAAAGGGAAAAUGAAGAUAGGAGAGAAACACGGCUUAGUUAUUAUUCCUGAUGGUAUGCCUAAUGGUGAUAUAAACCAUGAGCCAAUGGUUGGAGCAAUAACUGUUGUAUCCCAAGAAGCUGCACAAGUGUUGGAAUCUGCAGGAGAAGGACCUCUUGAUGUGAGGCUACGGAAACUGGCUGAAGAGAAGGACGAGUUGGUAUCACAGAUCAGAAAGUUAAAGUUGCAACUAGACGAAGAGCGGCACAAAAAUACGAGAAACGACACUACGAUGACGGAUUCUGCUGGACCAGAAAACGGUUCAGACCUACAACUUAUUGAAAUGCAAAGAGAUGCCAACAGACAAAUUAGUGAAUUCAAGUUUAAACUUUCAAAAGCAGAGCAAGAUAUAACUACUCUAGAACAGAAUGUUCUUAGACUUGAAGGACAAGUGGUCCGAUAUAAAACUGCAGCAGAAAAUGCAGAAAAAGUAGAAGAUGAACUAAAAGCGGAAAAAAGAAGACUUCAAAGAGAGCUGCGCACUGCUCUGGACAAGAUGGAAGAGAUGGAGAUGACAAACAGUCAUUUAGUGAAGAGGUUAGAGAAGAUGAAAGCCAACAGGACUGCACUUCUGUCUCAGCAGUAAAUAGGAAACAAUACUAAACCAUAAUGCACUGCUCCACAAAACACUGCGCCCUCACUUGGUCUUACUAUAGACAUUCUCAUUGGCACUCGGUGCACAUGCUGCCUCGGCCAGCCAGAGACUUGGCAGCAAAGUACAAUCUUUAAUUUACAAGAGGAUUGAAAAACUGAUAUAAAUACCCCAAACAUUGAUGGUUUCUACUUUCCAGCACACUGAUUCGGGUAUAUUCUGAGCUGAGGCACAGCCCGCUGGAUUCCUGAUCUUCCAUAGGAUGCAAUUUUUUUUUCCACUCACAUUAUUAUAAUCAACUUUACUCACAAUCUUGUUUUUGCCUGCUGCUUACUUAUGCUGGUGAACAUAAACUACUGCAUGAAGAGGAUAUCCUACUACAACUCUAUGACAUAUGCCUAUGUAAUACUGUACUGAGACUGAAUAGACUCAACCUAACCCCUUCUCUGCACAGAUAGUCCUGGAAUAGUGUAGAAACAUUGUUCUUGCCAAUUAUGGAUCUUUAAGAAGAAAUCUCCUGCUGUUUGUUCAAUGUAGCUCGUAUUGAGCAUGCUCUACUGGGAAAGACAAGUGCCCAGGCCAAUUCUUAAGUGUCUUACAGUACCACUUCAAGAACUGUAGUGCAGCGGGGAUGGGGUUAAAAAGUGCCUUCCUCACUGUAAUUUCUGUAACUUAAUUACUAUUAAGCUGUUUAAAGCUAUUAAAUGGAAUUGCACUAACAUUUAUACUUAGGAAAGUUCUAAUAUUGGGGAGGGGGUGAGAGAAUGUGCAUUCAUUAAACUUUAUACAUUUUGAACAAAAUACUUUUUGUAAAAAUAUUUUAAUUUGUAUAAGAAUUUAUAACAAAAGGCAGUGACUGUAUAUGUCUUUUUAUUGCAUGGGUGACGGCACAGCUGGUUAAUAGUAUUUUAAAGAGAGUAAUUGGUUCUCCUUAAGAAUUCAACCCAUACAUUAUGUCAGAUAUAUUUUGUUGCACAUUGUAAUUUGUAUAAUCUGUCGCUUGAGUGUGAGUGGAGUGUUUAGACUAAGCAAAUUGCAGGGGACCUAUUAAAUGGACACUUUUAAUGGUCA